UCUUGCGCCUGCCUCGGGGAAAGAGCUUCCUGGGCUGGGUUCAGACCGUCCCCUCUGCACGUGGGUUCACCGGCGGCCGGCUUGACCGGGAGUGGCCUGGGCGAGCUCCAGGGGCGUCCCGCAGCCCCGUAACAGCAGGGGCCCGGGCAGAGAGCUGCCGGCGGCGCCCACAUGGAGGAGUCCGCUUUCCUGGAGAUCAGGCGGAGGAUGCAGAGCGGGCUGCUGAUUAUCCGUGAGCCAAAAGCAGGAAAUUUGCCAGUGGAUAUUACAGUGGCUCCAGGAUCAUUAGAGAUAAAAAGUUGUCAAGCCUGCAAGAUGAUCAACUUUCCUGCAGAGGUCAGGAUUGUUCCUUCUUCCUGUCGAGGACUACAGUAUAUAGCUGGAGAUGGUUUACAUGUGAGGCUGCAAGUUCAAGCAGAUUCAAAUACAAAAUUAAUUUCAACUUUGAGUGAAAGUCUGAAGGCGCAGAAGAGUUGCAUCUUUUACUGUCAAUCUUGUGGUGAAAUCAUAAUAAAAGAACGGACGUUUCUCAGAGUUCUUCCCCUACCAAGUGAAAACUGGAGUGCUUUGGUCGAGGAGUGGUGUUGCCACCCCAAUCCCUUUGCCAAUAGCACUCUUCAUCCUCAGAAUAACGACUGUUUUCUUGGACACACUUACUUUCUGGUGAAUUCAGGAAGUGAGUCACAUGUGCCUGGAACUGAAAUAGUCCAUUCAAAGACUGAACAUUCUGCUUCUGAGAGGGACUCUACGUGGAAAUCAAAGGAAAAUGCUAGAGUAAUUUGUAAGCGCUGCAAGGCAAUGCUGGGAGAGACCGUAUCAUCAGGGACUACAAAAUAUUACAUCACUGAGAUGAUUAUUCAGCCAUCUGGAAAACAUUUUGACAUGAUACCAAGGUCUCAGUUUGUACAGAGCAUUAUAGCUCAGUGUCUCGUGGAACUGUCCUCUGCCAGAAGCACAUUUAGAUUCAGAAUACAAGGACAUGAUGGAAAAGUCUACAUCUUGAUGUGGCUUUUAAAUUCUGACACUUUAUUGGUGGAAUCUAUGGGAAAUUCAGCAUCCAGCAGUGUUUUUACAUUUUUUGAAGAUAAUUUGAGGCCUGAUUCCAGGUCUUCAGGCACAUGGAAUGCAGUCAAAGUUCUUUAUCAUCCCUGCAUUAAAAACAGGAAUAAGGACAGAAGCUGGAAGGACCCAGGAUGUGAGUUCCAAGAAAUGGAAAGUCUACUUGAAGCUAGACAAACACACUGGCACAAGAUGUCCACAAACUGCUGCGACAUUUGGGGGCCUGGAAUUAGCUAGUACAGCUCAUAAAGUGUGAAAAGCUGACCAGGGCAGGGGCAGGGCAAACACAACAUAUGUCAGUUCAGCACAUCUCUUUAGUAUCCUCCACCUGUACGACUCCUGUGGUGUCCUGCCCAGAAUUUAAAGCUGCUCUCCCCUGGGGAGAAUGCCUGUCGGAUGGCAGUGGUGAUACUUCUGCCUGUCCUUACCUGGUGGCAAUCCUAUCCCCUCUGUGCAAUUUGCACUUUGAAAUUUUCAUCCAUCUGUUGCAGCUUCAGUGUUAACCCUUUGCCCUGAAACGAUGCCUUGUUAUGCGUAUGGUCUGUUAAAGUCCUCUAUUUUUAAGCCAAGAGAUCCUCAAUUCCACAUGCUUUUCCUGCAAUAGUUACAGUAAACAAGCACGCUGAUAGCCUAAAUAUGCAUGAGCAACAUAUAUAAAAAUAUAAAUGUGUAAGGAUACCACUUCAUAUUCUUGCUAAAUAGUAAAUUAGGAGUAGAUUAUUUAGUAAUGUGAAAGAGUUUUACAAUUAAGUGCUUUUCAAAUAUAAUUUUACAAGUUCUCUGUGUGUGUGUGUGUGUGUAAUUGUAACUUGCUUUGAAUCUAAUGGUGAGAUUAUUUUUUUUAAGUUCAAACUGAAUGCUGUACACUUGGUUUUUCUUGGAUAUGUCCAAGUCUACUAGAGUUUUCAUAAAGAAAACAUUUGACUUCUGCAGGCUCUGAAGUGUCAAUUAUGGAAGAAAAACACUGCCAGAGUAAUAUUUAGUUAAGGCUGCAAUCAUGCUUUUAAUAACAUCCUUUUAUAUUUAAGCCUGUAACUGGUGGUGGAUAAAGUUGCUAGAAUAUUUACAUUCACCAAUUGCUUUGGUGUUUGCACAGCUGACGGAAUAGGAUUUGUUGGGUAAUUUGUCUUUCAUCUAUUGGCUCUAUGAUGGUAGGGCAGAAAGCAUAUAUGAAUAGUGGUUUGGGUUUGUUUUUUUCCCCCUUAAACUCUUGAGGAAAAAAAGUGGUGGAUUAAAUAGGUAUUAUAAAACUUACCAGAAAAUAUCAUAUCUUGUGAUCAUAUUUUAUAAAAGAAAAAUAUGAACCUCUCAAAAACUUGAGAAUUUGUGAUAUAUAUCAUGGUGAUUCCACUGAUUGUAUAGAGACUGCAUUCCCAAAUAUACAUAAAAACAAUUCAAAUACUGAAUAUUUUGAACAUACUCUUCCACCUAAUUCAUAGAAAGAAUGCUCAAAUACUGUGAGCAGUGCUUAUUUGUGGAGGAGAAAUCGUUUUCCUACAGAGUGAUGUGGUGAUAAUUAAAAUUAUUAAUGCAGAAGGUAUUGGAAAAUAUAUUGCUGUGUGUGAUAUAGAGGCUACUUAGUGGCCCUAAAUCUCUGUUAUAGUAGUCUCACGUAUACUGCUGAAACUUCAAAUGAGGAAUACUGCUGGAAUCAGUGCAAUUUCUCAAAACAGAAGAAAUUGUAUAUCAACGACUUGAAAACUUGAAGUAGUAGAUAUUGGAUUUUCAGCAGAUUUUCAUUUUUUAUUCUGUAUCAAAGAGAAGAUUUAUCUCCCUUGGCUUAAUGCAUAGAUAACAGCCAUAUAUACUUAAUCACUUGCAGUUUGGAUACAUUGAUAUCCAAAUCCUAUUGUGGAUUGUUUACAAAAUCAAAAAUGCACAUCAUUUAGGGAUGCAGAGGCAAAGAGAAAUGUCAGAAUGUAGAAAAGAGGGAGGUUCUUUUCUGUCAAAGGCUCCAUCACAGAACUUUAUUUGAGGCCUUACUGCCAGGAGUAUGUGCAAGUGUGUCUCUUUCUCUAGUGGAUUGGGUAUAAAGUCUAUUUCCAAAGAUUAAUUAGCAUUUAUCUUUGGGGUUAUUCAGAGUACAUCUACACAGCCCAACAAAACAAAACACAGCCUCUUGUGGCAGCAAGUCUGAGAGCCGGGGUCAACUGACUCGGACUUGCAUUGCAGGGCUAAAAAUAGCAGUGUAGACAUUCAGGCUGGAGCAGGAGUGCCGAAACCCGGUGAGGAUCUCAGACCCCAGGCUCCAGCCCAAGCAUGUACACUGCUAUUUUUGGCCCCACAGUGGUGGACCAAAAUUAGUUUUCCCUGACUCUGAGACUUGCUGCCAUAGGGCUUUUGUUUUUGUUUUGUUUUGUUUUUCUGUGUUGAUGUACCCUCAGUGGCUGCCAGAUAGGCAUGACUGAGAUCUUGGAAAGCACACUCUGACUCACCUGUCAGAAACAUCAAGCGCAGAAAGAAGAUGAGAGGGGUAACAAUUUAUCUAAUUUAUCUUCCCUAUUAGAACAUUUGGUUUAGAUUUUUUAAAAAAGUAUAUGUGAUGUCAGUAACUAUAACUAGCACAGUCCAUUUAUGGGUCUGGUGUCUGAAGAUCUCCCUGGUUUGUUUUUUUUUGAGCUGCUCAGUACUUAGGAAUGUUACCUUUUUACUAUCAUUUUUCUCCUCUUAGCAUGAGUUGAAAUCAGAAGAACUUGGCUUAUGUGAGCUUGUGACUAAUUGCCCUUCAGAAACCAUGCAACAAAACAAAACGUAUAAACCUAACUACCUUCUCCACAUCUCUCCUUAUUCCGAUUUUCAAGGGAUAUUACUAUGACCUUAUUGCUUGUCUUUUUCUUGUCUGAAGACUUCAGAUUCCCUCUGCUUUGUCAUCUUUUGUCCUAACUGCUCCAAUUAAAAUAUUUUUAACACACACAAGAAAAACAUGUCUAUUUUCCUCCGUCCAUAAACAGGAAGUCUAAAAUACUCUUUUUUCAGUCUCAUACUUAACAUCUCUCACUGGUACAAAAGAACUGUUGCAUGAUGUAGAGCAGGAUUGUUCUCAUAUGCUGUAGCCCUUUUCAUGUAUGUGGUAUCCCAGAGUGUUCUCUAGAGCGGUGAAUUACACACCGGUUGUUCGACUCUGUAGUCCUGAAGCUUGGAACGUGUGGCUCAGGAACUACUCCGGCUCAGCUGUUCGAAUGUGGUGCUGUCUGAGCCUUUUAGGGGCACUGUGACGCGUUCCCCAUCCAGUCAUUUUUUGCUACAUCUCCCUACUUGGAGCUUCCAGGACAGGCAUGAAAAUUGGCUAUAUAUAAAUAUGGGAAACAAACUGCAAUGACUUAGCUAAUGCUUUCACAUCUACUGAUGAUAAGCACUACAUAAGAGGUACUGUUAUAAUAUUAGUACUCCCAGUCAUUCAAGUGUGUCUGGAGACCUGUGGUUUUGUUCUAAGUUGACUAGUAUUUUACUUGCAACUGGCAGGUUUAUAAUAAUUUGCACUUAUAUAGCACUGUAAAAGCAGGUAACUGUGUCCUGGUAAUUGGCUAUAGGAUUUAUUGUAUGCAGUCAUGGUCUACUAUGUACCCGGGAAUCAGUCAUCCCCAACUGUGUUCUUUAACGAUUUGCAGAUAAGAUGAAGAAACUGUCCCCUGAAUAAGUUGUACUCAAACUUCUUUGCAUGACAUUUGUUUUGUUUUUUUGCUUUUGCUUUUAAAAACAGUUUGGCACAAAUGUUCUUGAAAAAUAAAAUGAAGAGGGGAAAAAAGAAAAUCUUUUCUUACUUUUCUACUCACGUUGCUAAAAAUUAAGAAUAAUUGGGAAUAAAAGAUCUACAGCUGUUGUGUUUAGCAACAGUGCGCAAACUCAUCUAAAUUAGACAUUAGUGGUUCACUUAUGGUUUAUUUCUUAAAAUGUUGACUUGAAAGAGUAUACUGCGGGAGAACUCCAUGAAUACGGAGAUGAACAGCAUUGGGACGUACGAGUUAAACAGCAGUAUAUUUUUAUUUGCUCAGCAUUGUUUUUUGGUUUCUGCUGAUCUGAAUAAAGUAGCCAUUGAGGCCAUAGUCUGAAAAUAAAUAAUAUGGAGUGCAUAAUAGAGGGAGACUGUUGAGUGAGAUUUGCUGGUGGUUGGGAGGGCUGUCUAAGUAAAUAAAUAUAAUAUAAAAGUGAGAAAACAGCUCACUUGCCAGUGUAGUACCUUCAUAAAAGGAAUUUUUUAGUUCUAACUAGACUACAGAGCCUAGAAAUGUUUCUUCUCUUCUCUUCCCAUUUUAGUUCUUGGGCUGUUUUUAUGAGGCAAUCUUGGAGCCCAGUUAUGAUCCUAUUGAAAUCUGUAUAGGAUUCUCUGCAAGAAAAGGACUGUUCUCAGUGGUAGCUGAUAACAGAACAAGGAGUAAUGGUCUCAAGUUGCAGUGGGGGAGGUUUAGGUUGGAUUUUAGGAAAAACUUUUUCA